AUGGAUGUAUUUGGAAUACCAGUUUCAUUGACUUAUAAAAAUGAGCCUCGUAUUAAAUCAUUUUCUGGUGGAUUCGCUACUAUCUUUAUGCGUAGUGGAGUUUUAGCAUACUUAUUAUAUCAGUGUGUUGAUGUACUUAAGAGAAAAACUAUCCUAUAAUCCUCAUCUUUAAAAUUAGAUCUUUCAAAUGAAGAAAAUAUGUAUAGACUAACUUAAAAUGAGUUCGAUAUAGCAUUUAAAGCUGAGUAUAAUUUCUUUAAAACAGAGCCUGAAGUUUAAGAAAAUAUAGAGUUAUACGCCUAUAUCUAGCUCAGUUAAAAUAUAUAUACUUGGACUACACAAAAUGGAAGAAGUACUUAAGUGAGACAAAGGAACAGAUUAGAAACUGAAAUUUGCUAGUAUGGUAGACUAGGACUAUAAGAGGAUACUAUUGAUUAUUUGAACAUUGCCAAGACAUAUUAAUGCCCCAAAAAAUUAGACUUCUAGCUUUAAGGUAGCUAUUCUGCAAGAGUAUCUAAGUAGAUUUAAAUAGGAAUAUAUCCUUGCAAUUAAACUUAUCUCGAUAUUACAACUAAUGGGACUAAAAAAUAACUCAUUCUUUGA